CCCCCGCGGCUGCUCGGCGCGUGGACUGUCAGGGAGAGUAGUUUUAUUGCUGUUCCUGGGCUCUCUCAUUACAACAUUUAUUCCGUCCGCAGGAACCGCGAUUUGAUCAGAACAUGCCUCCCAAAAAAGGAGAUAGUGAACCUAAGUUACCACCCAUUAUUGGACGAUUCGGAACCUCAUUGAAGAUUGGCAUUGUUGGAUUGCCAAAUGUAGGGAAAUCUACAUUUUUUAACGUUCUAACAAAAAGUCAGGCAGCUGCAGAAAACUUUCCCUUCUGUACCAUUGAUCCCAAUGAAAGCAGAGUGCCAGUUCCAGAUGAGCGAUUUGACUUUCUCUGCAAGUACCACAAACCUGCCAGUAAAGUACCGGCAUUUCUUAAUGUGGUUGACAUCGCAGGACUUGUGAAGGGUGCCCACGCUGGUCAAGGCCUUGGAAAUGCCUUCCUCUCUCACAUCAGUGCAUGUGAUGCUAUCUUUCAUCUUACAAGAGCUUUUGAAGAUGAUGAAAUUGUUCACAUUGAAGGGAAUGUGGAUCCUGUUCGGGAUAUUGAAAUUAUUCAUGAAGAACUGAGACUAAAGGAUGAAGAGCUAAUUACGCCCAUCAUUGACAAACUAGAGAAAGUGGCAGUAAGGGGGGGUGACAAAAAACUAAAACCUGAAUAUGACAUAAUGUGCAAAGUCAAGAAUUGGGUUAUCGAUGAAACGAAACAUGUACGCUUCUACCAUGACUGGAAUGACAAAGAGAUUGAUGUAUUGAAUAAACAUUUACUUUUGACAUCAAAACCAAUGAUUUAUUUGGUUAACCUGUCUGAGAAAGACUACAUCAGAAAGAAGAACAAAUGGUUGGUAAAAAUUAAAGAAUGGGUAGACAAGCAUGACCCAAGAGCAAUGGUCAUACCUUUCAGUGGAAUACUUGAACUAAAGUUACAGGAAAUGGGUGAAGAAGAAAUGAAGAAAUACCUGGAAGAAAACAAAACACAAAGUGCGUUGCCCAAGAUCAUCAAGACUGGAUUCUCAUCUCUGCUGCUUGAAUAUUUUUUUACUGCAGGGCCAGAUGAAGUGCGAGCAUGGACCAUAAAGAAAGGCACGAAGGCACCUCAGGCUGCUGGCAAGAUCCACACAGAUUUCGAGAAGGGCUUCAUUAUGGCCGAUGUAAUGAAAUUUGAAGAUUUUAAAGCAGAAGGCAGUGAAACUGCUGUCAAGAGUGCUGGAAAGUACAGACAACAAGGCAGAAAUUACAUUGUUGAAGAUGGAGACAUUAUCUUUUUCAAAUUCAAUACUCCCCAGCAAGCAAAAAAGAAGUGAAUUUAAUGUACAGCUGACUCCUGUCAUAAGCAAUAGAACAUAAUGGCCAAGAAGUUGCAGACAUUCAGACAUGCAAAUAAAAGAACUUAACUGUAUCAGGGACUAUAUACGGACAGUUUGUUAACUGGCAACAAUUUGCAUAAAUUGGGACUUUGACAGGAUUCUGCUUAUUAAUAUUACAUUUGUGGAUUUAACUAUGUUCUCAAGCAACUGAACUAUUAUUGAAUCUUCUGUUAAUUCUUUUUUGGAUACAUUUUGCUGUAAAUCAUGGUUCAGAUCUGUCUAGGGACAGCCUGUUCUUCCUUUAAUUAUAUCCCUCAUGUUUGUUCUGGGUUGAGAUAAUGUUAUUCCAAUGAAAAUGUAGGUUCGCUAAAUGUCGACAGCUUUAAUUUAAGAUUAGAGCUCUACUCUAAAUUGGAACAUUUCAAGAACCAUAUUACUCUCAUGAUACUUCAUUAAUCUCCAUCACUAGAUGCCAAAUCUGACAUAUUUGACAGAAAAGACAAUACCACUUGCUCUAUUCCGAAUCUACAGAUAAUGCAUGUUUUACAGUACUCCAGAUGUUUACAGUCAAUAAAACAUUUGACAAAAACAGUCUUGGUGUGUUUGGGGAUGUCUGUAUUGACUGACUGUGGUGUGUUGAAUGUGAUAUGGCACCUGGUGGUUGCUGAUUACAGAAUUUAAAGACGUGUGUAUGAUACAGUAACUGUCACUGUGGGCAGCUUUUAUUAUAAUUCAGAAAUGGUUCUUUUCAUUAAAAGAUAAAGAUUAGGGUACUGUGAUUUAUUGAAAGCAUGAAUAGGUGGACAUUUGUUGUAAGAAUAAGUGGUUUCAUGUCUGUAUUAUGAGAGUUCAUGAUCUGGAUGGGUGUGAUGCAGAAGCACAAAUUUAUGCUUUUUGGCAGAAUUUUGAUUUUUGUGCACAACCAGUAGAUCCACCUCAGUGGUUGCUUUUAUUCCUUUACAGUUGACCUCUUUAGAUAU